AGCAGCAUCCAAAGCACUAAACCAUGUCCCCUGCAGUUUCAUUUCUCAUCUUCCUCUUCUCGACAAGUCCGUUUUUCUCAUCGGUAGCCACCGCCGCAAGGAAGCCGGUGCUCGAUUCCGACGGCAAACCGCUCCGCUCAGGCGUUCAGUACUAUGUUGUAUCAACGAUACAGGGUGCCGGUGGUGCUGCGCCGGGGCCACGCUCGGUUGAAAAACCAUGUCCAAAAGCAGUAGUCCUAAACGGAUAUCAACUCGGCGUGCCGGUGUUAUUUUAUCCCGACUACAACGAAACCACCGUCUACGAAUCCACCGACGUAAAUAUACAGUUCGUCCCCGGCGCGGACCCUGACUGCAAAACAUCGACUACGUGGAAGCUCGACGACUAUGACCCAUCAUCGGGAAAGUGGUGGCUCACCGUCGGUGGGGACGUAGGUAACCCCGGUCCCCAGACUUUGACGAGCUGGUUCAGAAUCAGGAACGGUGGAAAUGGUUACGUAUUGGGUUUCUGCCCUUCGGUAUGUGAUUCCUGCAUAUCUUUAUGCAAUGAGAUCAAUAGAGUUUCUUAUAAUUCGAAGGUCCGUUUGGGGCUAGCUAAAGGAGACGGCGCCUCAUUCUACUUCAUGAAAGCAUCGAACGCCAUAAAGCAAGUCGUAGAGAAGCACUCCGAGUAAGGUUGAGUAUUCACUCAACUUUCCGUUUAGUUUCAGCUAGUAAAUGAACGAGCUGUUUGCUUCAAAUAAAUCUGGCUUUCAGUUAAUGAAGCCUUUGUUGUAAUGAUUGUGUUAUCUUUUCGUAAUGUUUUCGAGUUAACUGAAUUAAUUGAAUUAAAGUAUCUGUUGGA